AUGCGAGGGAACUCGACGUGUGUGAUGGGAGUCCAGGUGGGGCGUGAGGCUGACAGGUUCAGGUGUAUGGAGUUCAGGAAGUGCGGUGGGAGGGGUCUGGAGGACGUGCGGACCCGCCCCCGGAGCUGGCCUCUGGCCCUCAUUGGCUGGUCUCCUGGAGCGGAAGGGGCGGUGCUGCGUACACCUGACUACGCCCGCCUCAGGCUGGUCCCAAGUCCCGGCCUUGAGGUCUCAUUGGCUGGUCGCCUGGAGCGGAAAGGGCGGUGUUGUCCCGGCUGGUCCCACGUGGUCCCGCACUUGGGUCUCUCCGUCUCAGCUACCGUGGGUGGCCGACAUUGUUGCAGCUGUCUCACAGAAGAGGACGCUGAGGCCCAAGGAGAUGAGGCAGGGGCCCAGGUCCAUGCACCUGGUAGGUGCGGGCCUUGGUUACAGCCGAGGUCUGCCAGGCGCUCUGGCCUCCAGGCAGUAAAGCACAGAUCACCAAGCAAGGCCAGCCCCGGCGGCUUCCCCCGUCAUUUGGAGAACCCAGAGCCUAGCCUCCGAGGCCCUCGCGGCGCCACCCCACCUCUCCCCUCCUGCUGCUCCCGACUCCACGCCAGCCACAGGCCCUCGGGUACUGUUCCUGCACCACGGCAGCUCCUCCCACCCCGAAGCAUUGGCUGUUGCUGCCCCCUUGGCCAGGAAUACCCCGCCCUCAGACAUGACCACCUGGCACCCAGACCUCAGGCCUGGGACUGCAGCUCCUCCCUAUGCCGAGGGCCUCUACAGAGCUGUGCUCCAGCCCAAGGGGGUGCAGAGGACGUGUCCCUACACAGAGGGCCCCACUCUCCAGAAGACAAACAGAAAUGGCCCCAGGGAACAGGUGGAGGUUCUGAAGCAAGAAUUUAUUCCAACUGCGUAUGUGGGUGUGGACAGCAGAGACCCACCUUUCAAAGCAGGUCAGAACCUCUUACAAAUAGUCUCCAGCCCUAGACCUUCCCUUGCCACAUCCCUGGCCUAAGGCUGGAGCAGGGGAAGGGCCUCCUAGUUCCCCCACCAAAAAACACAGGUACUUAAGGGCUAAAAUAGAAUUAUACAGCCUUAUUUUUAUUAAC